CCCCUCGGUCGGGGGGAGCCGGUACUUCGCCAUAUUUCCGGACGACUACAGCAAGCUCUCGGUUGUAGUCCCCAUGAAGCAGAAGAGCGAGGUGGCCGAGGUGACCGAGCACGUGAUUAACCGGUUGGAGUUGCAAUCGGAGAAGAAGCUCAGGUCGGUGCGGACGGAUCGGGGGAAGGAGUACGUCAACAAGGCCCUCAAGAACGUGUUCGGGGGCAAGGGGACGGUGCACGAGAAGACCGCCUCCUACAUGGCCGAGCAGAGAAUGGGUCGGCAGAGCGGCUCAAUCGGCAAUUGGAGGAGGAGGUCCGGGCGAUGCUUGAGGAUUCUAUUGAAAGCAAGCGACUUUCAAGUGCACAACUACUAG